AUGUCUAUUCAAUUAACCGAUGGGUUGGCUAAUCAAUCCGUUGACCUAGUACUAGAAGACUUACUUGUGAGGUUUUUAGUAAAUGUACCCGAUGAAGAUUUAUCAUCAAUAGAAAGAGUUUUUUUCCAGAUUGAAGAGGCACAAUGGUUUUAUACCGAUUUUGUUCGACAAUUAAACCCGUUAUUGCCUAGUAUGAAGAUGAAGAGUUUUGCUACGAAGCUUUUGAAGAAAUGCCCGUUGAUUUGGAAAUGGGGAGACCCUGCGGACGCUAUAUCGCGGUUUGGGAAGUAUAAGUCGACGAUUCCAGUUAGAGGUGUUGCAUUAUUCAAUAAGGACCUCACAAAAGUGGUGUUGGUGAAAGGAACAGAGUCGAAUGCGUGGUCAUUUCCACGAGGCAAAAUAUCGAAGGACGAAACCGAUAUAGAUUGUGCGGUGAGAGAAGCCGAAGAGGAGACGGGGUUCAAUGCUAGGGAUCUUGUCAAUGAAAAUGAUGUAAUAGAGAGAACAAUAAAGGGUAAAAACUACAAAAUUUACUUGGUUAAAAACGUGCCAGAAGAUUACAAUUUCGAGCCGCUUGCUAGGAACGAAAUAUCGAAGAUUCAGUGGCACGACAUGAAGAGCAUACAGAAGAAAUCGAGAUCAAACCCUAAUAACUUCUUCAUUGUGUCUGCAAUUUUGAAGCCUAUGCUCGGGUGGAUUAACAAAAAUAAGGGUGUCUUGAACGAGGAAGAGUUGAUGUUGCAAGCCGAAAUCAAGUUGAAAUCUCUCCUUGGAAUCAGCCAACCAAAGCUAGAAAACUUAGAUGCGGGAAGAGAAUUGUUGAAUAUUUUGCAAGGAGUUAUUCCAAGAGACAGUCAAGUUGGAAAUAACACACAGGCUAUGCCAGCUGCAUAUGACCAAAUUAUUCAAAUGAAUCUUCCUCAACAUUUGCAUAAACAGUUUCCCUUCUUUAACAACCAACCUAUCCAACCUCAGCCUUAUCCUAUCCCAAACCAACCAUUUUUUGUCCCACAAAUGCCGCCCAAUGCGUUUGCCCCUAUGAAUAUGUCUCCUGUGAGGUCUCAACCAGCGCACUAUCAGCCCAUGCCUCCACAAGCGCCUCAUAUUCCAAGAGAACAGGAUUCUUUAUCCAAUGAUUAUAUAAAUCAACAACCAAAUCCUCUGUCUUUGCAAAAGCCGACUUCAAUAGCCAACAGAAGACCAUCAGGUGUCAACUCAAAAGAAUUCUUAUCCAUAUUGAAUAAGCCAAGAAAUAAGGAAGAUGAAAAUACCAAGUUAUCCGAUGAAUCAAGAUCCAAUGACCACGUUAACAAUCGUUCUAAGGCACAACAUUUAUUGAGUUUGUUCAAUAAAGAUAAAAAAACUGCCAGUGAUGAUGCCAAAUUUACAGAAGGUAUGCAAAGUGAUGCUAGAGGUAAAAGCAAAAAUGGAUCGUCGAAUGGAUACGAUCAUGAUUUUGUAAGUCCACAUGAAGCGUCAAACGAAUUGGAAGAAUCUUUGAUAGGUUCAGAUGAUAAGACUAAUCGUAAGGAGGCUGGCAAGAAAUUGACUCUUUUGAAAAGGCCUACUGAUGCAGGAUCUGAAUUAAUGUCCUCUAAUAGCUCAGCGUCGGCGGAUAUCUUAAGGAUGCUUGGAAGUGCACCCAAGGCUGAACCUAAAAAAGAAACAGAAGAUGUCAAACAAAACCAAUCUAACGAAAUAUUGGGAUUAUUGAAAGGUGACAAGAAAGAACCGGAACAGAAUCCAAACAAUAGAGCAACGGCCAAAGAACUAUUAGGCUUGAUUAAUCAGAAGUCCACCGAUAACAGAAAGGUAGAAGAUCAAACACAAUCUUUCAAUACUCAACCAGAACCUGAGAUAAAUACAAGCCCCGAGGAAGAAGAUUUUGACGAUUUUGAAGACUUUGAAGACUUUGAGAAUCUUGAUGAGUAUUUAUCUCGCCAUGGACCCGUUAGUAAUGUAACCAGUCAUAAUUUUGACAUCGCAAGCGACGAUGAAGAUAUCUAUGAAACUCCACAAAAUUCUUCUAUUAAUGCUAUUAAUGAAAUUCAAGAUACUCAUGCUGAGAAACCUGUACCUGAUUCUAAGAAGAACAAGAUUAGACUUCUCAAGCCAGGUGAAAGUUUAAAUGACAUUAUAGGUAAACCUGAUAGAGCACUUCAACAAUCUGUGGACUCAACAGCUGUAAGCAAAAUUCAAGACACAACUCAGAAAAAAGACAAUGUAAAUGAUGGAAGACUGUUAUUGGAUAUAUUAAAUGGCGGAAAGAACCAGAACAAAAAAGAAGUAAACCAAGGCCCACCUAAAGAUUAUAACUAUUCACCAAAUUCGAUGGAUUUUGGCUCGGUCUAUGGCCCCCCUCCAACGAAUAAUCAACCUUCACCUGGAUAUUUUUCUCCAAACUCAGCUGCUGAAAGGACAGCAUUUUCACCAUUCGAAAAUUCGAAUUCCGGUUUCCCUAUAAACUCUCAGACCGAUUCUCCAUCUACUGUACAAUCGCAUAAUAACUCGAAUCCUGCUUCUGCAAGUUUAUUGAGUCUACUUGGGAAAAAACCUCCUGCACAGCUGAGUUACGAACCAUCACCUAAAACGCAAUCACCACAACCUGCAAGUGCAUUAACUCUUGAUGAAAUAGAGGGUGCACAACUUGGUCAUAUGUUGCCUCAACCAGUGGCACCACCUCAAACACAUUCAUAUACUAGUGAAGAUGCAAGUAGCCCAAAAUCGCGCCCCGCAGAAGGUCAAGCCUCAUCAGCUCGGACCUUGCUUGACUUACUUAAAGGAGGCAGGUCUUGA